UGAAAGGACGGGAAGUUGCCUUUGUUGGUUCGGUCGUGGGAGAGCAAGAUGUCUACCCUGGAUGUGGAUGAUUUUAUUCAGCAAAACAGAGUUGUAGCCGAGCAGGUGGAGAAGUACAGAGGCUACUGGGAGAGCGACAAGCACUGGGAGGCCAGGAGGGAGUUCAUCCUGCGGAAUAUGAACGACUUCGAAGACGCGCAGCUGGACCACCUGCUCUCCCUCUCCAUGGUGUGGGCUAACAACGUCUUCCUCGGCUGCCGGUAUAGCACAGAGCUCCUGGAAAAAGUGAAGGAAAUGGCUGAAGGCAUCACAGUGGAGGAUGCACCGGUUUUCAAGACAAGAGAUGAGAUUGUUAAGAAGCAGCAGGGUCGAUGACCGCAGCAGCUGUGCUGGAUCAAGAUGGACUGGAUUCAGCUUUUAUCAAGUCACACCAUGUUUGUUUUUGUUUUACAGUCAGGUUUCAUAGUCCCAGUGUUUUUAAUGGAUGUGAGGAGUUUAGACAUCAAAAGGCAUUUUUUAUGUAGAAAGACCAGCCUCUUCAGACUUUCAGCCUUUUUAGUUGUGCAGAAACAGCAGUGGUAUCUGUGGGAGCUGCACUGCACGUCUAUUUCAAACUAGUUUUACAUUUUUUAUGCAUCUUUUUUAUCCUAAUGUCCCUGCCUGAAGAACAAUAAAGGACUUGUUUUAAUUCUCA